AUGCAAACUAAUAAAGAUCCAACUAUUGAUAUUACAAUUCAAAGUGGGAAUGAUGAAGUUAUAAUAUUAAAAGGUCCACCUGAUAUUGCAGCACCUGUAUUAUUAUCAGGUGUAAUUACUUUAAAUACUUCGGAAACUGUUAAAGUUAAAUCUGUUUCUUUAAGAUUAACAGGUAGAAUGACUUAUAAUGUACCUAUUGUACCAAAUGAUGAAAUUAAUUUAAAAAGGUUAACUGUUGAUAGAUGGUUAUAUCAUCAUAAAUGGGAUGAUUUUAAUAUUGAAUCAUAUUUUAAAAGUUUAUAUAAAAAUUAUCAAUCAAAGACUCCGAUUGUUGAUUCAAAAAAUUUAAGAUCAAAUAUUAUUUCUGCUUAUAAUACAGGGAAAAUUAUAAGACCUAAAUCUACUACUUCUUUAUUAUCUUUAAGAACUUCAACUACUUUAACAAAUUCUUCAAAUAAUUCAGGUUCUUUACCUUUUCAAAGAAGAAAAUCACAUACUUUAUUGAAAGGAAAAUAUGAAUUUCCAUUUACAUCAGUAUUACCAGGUGAUGUUAAUGAAACUAUUGAUGGUUUACCAAAUACAAAUGUAAGUUAUUAUUUAGAAGCAAUUAUUGAAAGAACUAAAGGGAAAUCUGAUUUAUAUUGUAGAAAAUAUGUUAGAAUUAUUAGAACAAUUACACCUGAUAUUCCUGAAAUUUCAGAAACAAUAAAUGUUUCAGAUACUUGGACAGAUAGAAUUUUUUAUUCAAUAUCGGUAGCAGCAAAGACUUUGGCCAUUGGUUCAAAAGUUCCUAUUAAUAUUUCUAUUAUACCAUUGAAAAGUGGAAUUAAAUUAAGUAAUAUUAGAAUAUCAUUAUAUGAAACUGCAGAAUAUUAUUCUAAAGGAAUACGAUCUAAGAUUGAUCGUGUUGUUGCAAGAAUUAAAUUAGAACAUCCAGAAAAAAUGCUAAUGAAAGUAAUGAAUGAUAAUAAAUUUCAAGAAAAAUGGGAACUUGAUAUACCAUUUAGAAUCCCUGCAAGUUUAUCAAGAUGUAUACAGGAUUGUCAAAUAAUUAAUGAAGUUAGAGUUUCACAUAAAUUUAAAUUUGCAAUUGAUUUUGCCAAUCAAGAUGGUCAUAUUUCAAGAUUAAAAGCUAAUAUUCCUGUUUCUUUAUUCAUAUCUGAAUUUGUUCCUUUAAAAGUUAAACGAAUGAAAUCUACAACAGAUUUUACUUGUGUGACAAGAAAUAUUGGUAAACAACGUAAUAAUGAUGAACCAAAGGAAACAAUAUUCGAAACAGGUCAUGUAGGAUUAAUUUCUGCACAUUAUGAUAAUGAAUCAAUACUACCUGUGACUGCAUUAAAUGAUUUAUUAGCACCACCAGAAUAUGAAAAUCAUGUAUUUGAUAGAAGAUUUUGUAAUGAUAUCGAUAUAGAUUCUGCUUUAUUACCUCCACCUUCAGAUAUUGCACCUGAUAUGUUACCUUAUGAACCUAUCAAUGAUAAUUUUUCUCCAUCUGGUAUAUUAAGAGAUAUCGAUAUGGAUGUUUCAGAUCAUAGAAGAAUGAGUGAUGCAUCAUGUCAAACUAUGCCUGAGAUGCAAUUCAAUAGCUUAGAUACUACAAUUGAAGAUACACAACUAAAUAUUCAACAAAAUGAUGUUAUUUCAAAUUUAGGAAAUUAUACAUUGAGUAGUUCCACCACUAAUCAUUCUCAUUCAAAUUCACAAAUAACAAAUAUUCCAAGUAAUGAAAUAAUUUUGGAUCCAUCAGAAACAAGAGAUCCACCACCACCUUCUUAUAUGGAAGAUUAUUAUGGCAUAUCAACAUCAAGUAUGAAUAACAAUCCACAACAACAACAACCAAGGAGAUUUAGAUCGACUUCUUUGACAAAUCCAUUUCCCAUGAUGGAAUCGACACCCAUUAUCAUUCCAGCACCAGCACAUACACAUCUAUCUUCUCAAGAUAUAGUUAGAUCUGCACCACAAGGUUUGCGAAAUAGAUCAUCAUCAACUUCAUCAAAUAAUCCAUUUUUAAGCGAUAUUGUUAUUACUGGAGCCUUCGAUGCAGCCAUUACUGAAACAAUUCAACGGUUUUCACCAAUGGGUGACUCUAGUGGUGCGACAAAUAGCUCAAGAGAUAUUUUUAACUUACCAACAACAAACCAAUUGUUCCAGACAUUUUCAGAACCAUUUGAAAAAUUGAAUACCCCUCAACAACGUCGAUAUUCUGUUACUGGUAAUGUUAGCAUUGGAAAUGGAAAUUUAAUCCAAAGAGAUGGAUAA